AUGCGGCGCUUCGCUGCUGCUCGCCAGCUCUUCCGCCCUCAGACCCGAUCCUUCUCCUCCACCAAGCCCGUAGCCCGAAUCAUCACCAGCCAGCCACUCCGAGCGAAGGAGGCCUCGCCCCAUGUCAGCCACAAGUACCCAGUCAUCGACCAUGAGUACGACGCCAUAGUAGUCGGAGCCGGCGGUGCUGGUCUUCGUGCCGCGUUCGGUCUUGCCGAGGCCGGUUUCAACACAGCCUGCAUAUCGAAGUUGUUCCCGACACGAUCACACACUGUAGCCGCACAGGGAGGCAUCAAUGCGGCGCUAGGAAACAUGCACGAGGACGAUUGGCGAUGGCACAUGUACGACACGGUCAAGGGUUCGGAUUGGUUAGGUGAUCAGGAUGCUAUUCACUACAUGACCCGGGAGGCUCCUCAAAGUGUCAUCGAGCUCGAGAACUAUGGCUGCCCCUUCUCAAGAACAGACGACGGAAGAAUCUACCAGCGAGCCUUCGGCGGACAGUCUCAGAAGUACGGAAAGGGUGGUCAGGCCUACCGAUGCUGCGCCGCGGCUGAUAGGACUGGUCACGCUAUGCUCCAUACUCUGUACGGCCAGUCCCUACAACACAAUACCAAGUACUUCAUCGAGUUCUUUGCCACUGAUCUCAUCAUGGAGGACGGUGUCUGCAAGGGCGUUGUUGCCUACAACCAGGAGGACGGCACUCUUCACAGAUUCCUAGCUCACAACACUGUUCUGGCCACCGGCGGCUAUGGCCGUGCGUACUUCAGCUGUACUUCUGCGCACACUUGCACUGGUGACGGCAUGGCUAUGGUUGCACGUGCUGGCCUACCCAACCAGGACUUGGAGUUUGUUCAGUUCCAUCCUACCGGUAUCUACGGCGCAGGCUGCUUGAUCACUGAGGGCUCUCGCGGCGAGGGUGGCUACCUGCUCAACUCCGAAGGCGAACGAUUCAUGGAAAGAUACGCCCCCACCGCAAAGGACUUGGCCAGUCGUGACGUUGUCUCGCGCUCAAUGACUAUGGAGAUCCGUGAGGGUCGUGGUGUCGGACCUGACAAGGACCACAUUUACCUCCAGCUCAGCCACUUGCCACCAGAGGUUCUUCACGAUCGUCUUCCGGGUAUCUCGGAGACUGCAUCCAUCUUCGCCGGUGUUGAUGUGCGCAAGCAGCCCAUUCCGGUUCUACCAACAGUUCACUACAACAUGGGCGGUAUCCCUACCAAGUACACCGGCGAGGUCCUGACCGUUGAUGAGAACGGCAAAGACCAGGUUGUGCCUGGGCUCUUCGCCUGCGGUGAAGCUGCCUGCGUCUCCGUGCACGGUGCUAACCGUCUCGGCGCCAACUCCCUGCUUGAUCUGAUCGUGUUCGGUCGCGCCGUAUCGCACACUAUACGCGACAACUUCUCUCCCAACCAGCCCCACAAGGAAGUUGCCGCAGAUGCAGGUGCCGAUUCCAUCAGCGUCCUCGACCGGGUGCGCACAGCCGACGGCCCGAAGAGCACCGCCGAGAUCCGCUCCGCGAUGCAGAAGACCAUGCAGGUUGACGUCUCCGUGUUCCGCACGCAGGAGUCCCUAGACGAGGGCGUGAAAAAGAUCCACGACGUCGAUGCCACGUACGCAGACGUCGGUAUCAAGGAUCGAAGCAUGAUCUGGAACACCGACCUCGUCGAGACGCUUGAGCUACGGAACUUGCUUACCUGCGCCGUUCAGACGGCCGAGGCGGCGGCGAACAGGAAGGAGAGCCGUGGCGCGCACGCACGAGAGGACUUCCCGGAUCGGGACGACGAGAACUGGAUGAAGCACACGCUCACGUGGCAGAAGAAGCCGCACGGCAAGACGGAAAUCGGGUACAGGGGGGUGGUGGCCCAUACGCUGGAUGAGAAUGAGUGCAAGGCGGUGCCGCCGUUCAAGCGGACGUAUUAG